AUGUAUUUCGCUCUAACCAGUGUUUUGUUCAUUCUCCACACGGACAGCCACGCAUCAAAGUACUCGUCUGUGGCCGUCGAUGCCUCCUCCAAUGAAAUUGAGCACGCAGAGUACAAAGUGCGAUGUGAUCUAGCUGCUGCAUACCGUAUUGCCCACAACAUGGGGUGGUCAGACCUGAUCUACAACCACAUAAGCGUGCGCGUGCCUGGAAGUAGCGAUGACAACCCAUUGUUUCUGCUCAAUCCGUUUGGAUUGGGCUUUGAGGAAGUGGUUGCCAGUGGGUUGGUGACGGUAGAUAUCGCCGGAAAUGUGGUGGAUAAGGGCUCUCAGACAG